GACCCAUCCCCGCGGCAGGAACCCGAACUCAUCGAAUUUCCGAAAUUACCCCCAUAUCAUCAGCAACGCGCCAACCAAACGCCCCCGCUCAUUCGAACGGACUUCACCUGAGUGCCAUGUGUUCGAUCAAAUGCCGCCUCCUCCUCAGGCGGCUCUGCUGCCACCGCAGCCGCCACUUCUCCGCGGCGGCGGCGAACUCUAGCCUCCCACGGAGGAAUCAUGCAGAGGAUCUUCCACGGGGGGCUGGUCCGCCUCCCGCGCCGGGCGCCGGGGGCGCUGCGAGAGCCCACGAGGCGGCGGUCAAGCGGCUCGCGGCGGCGGGCGACGUGGACGGCGUGCAGCUCGCGCUGCAGGAGAUGCGGCUCCGCGGGGUUCCCUGCACCGAGGGCGCCCUCGUCGCCGCCAUCGGCGCCUUCGCCCGCGCGGGGGCGCCCGACCGCGCGCUCAAGACGUUCUACCGCGCGGUCCACGACCUCGGCUGCGCGCGCCCCACCGCGCCGCGGCUCUACAACCACCUCAUCGACGCGCUUCUGCGGGAGAACAUGGUCGCGGCCGUCGUGCCGGUCUACGAGAACAUGAAGAGGGACGGCGUCGAGCCCAACGUGUUCACCUACAACCUGCUGGUCAAGGCGCUGUGCCAGAACAACCGGGUCGGGGCCGCCCGCAGGAUGCUCGACGAAAUGGCCAGUAAGGGGUGUCCCCCGGACGACGUGACCCAGGCCACCAUCGUAUCCGCGCUGUGCAAGCAUGGCAGAGUGGAAGAGGCCAGAGAGGUGCUGGCUGUGGCACCGCCGGUGUGCGCCUCAUACAAUGCCGUCGUCCUAGCUCUGUGCAGCGAAUUCAGGAUGCAGGACGUGUUUUUGAUUGUCAAGGAGAUGGUUCAGAGGGGAUUGCGGCCUAAUGUGAUCACGUACACAACUAUAGUCGACGCGUUCUGCAAGGCCAGGAAGCUGAGGAUGGCAUGCGCCAUUCUGGCUAGGAUGGUGGUCACCGGAUGCACUCCAAAUGUCCCAACAUUCACUGCGUUGGUGAAAGGUCUCUUUGAUAGUGGAUGUUUCCAUGAUGCACUCCGCAUGUGGAAAUGGAUGGUGGCUGAAGGAUGGGCACCAUCAACGGUAUCUUACAAUGUUCUCAUCCGUGGCCUCUGCAGCAUUGGUGAUCUCAAGGGAGCAUUGUCUGUUCUCAAUGGCAUGGAGAAACACGGCUGUUUUCCUAAUGUGAGGACCUACUCCACUCUUAUUGAUGGUUUCUCCAAAGCUGGGGACCUAGAUGGUGCCCUGUCAAUAUGGAAUGACAUGGCAGGUGCUGGUUGCAAGCCAAAUGUUGUUGUUUACACGAACAUGGUGGAUGUGUUUUGCAAGAAGUUGAUGUUCGAUCAGGCUGAGAAUCUUAUUGAUAAGAUGCUAUUUGAAAAUUGUCUUCCUAACACAGUGACUUUCAACACGUUGAUCAGAAACCUGUGCGACUGUGGAAGAGUAAGGAGAGCUCUAGGUGUGUUCCAUGAGAUGAGAAGGCAUGGAUGCCCGCCAAAUGAUUGGACCUAUAAUGAGUUGCUUCAUGGUCUUUUUAGAGAGGGAAACCGUGAAGACGCCCUUCAAUUGGUGAUCGAGAUGAGAAACCAUGGCAUGGAGUUGAGUCUAGUGACAUACAACACUGUAGUAAGUGGUCUUUGUCAGAUGAAAAUGAGCAGAGAAGCUAUGCUUUUUCUGGGGAGAAUGAUAGUUCAAGGAAUCCAACCAGAUGCAUUUACCUUCAAUGCAAUGAUUCAUGCUUACUGCAAGGAAGGGAAAAUCAGGAUGGCUGCUUGGAUGUUAGGUGGGAUGAGUGCAGUGAACUGCCCUCGGAACAUAGUUGCAUACACUAUUCUGAUGGCAGAACUUUGCAAUCAGCAUAGGACGGAAGAUGCCAUGGUGUACCUACUAAAAAUGUUAUACGAAGGUAUACAUCCAAAUACAGCAACAUGGAAUGUGUUGGUCCGUGGAGCUUUUAGAAACCUUGGCUGCAUUGAACCAAUUGAUUUGUUCCAGCGCAUCACCACAGAAUCAUCGGCAGGGAUCUGAGGUCCACUAUUGCCAUUCUUUGAGCUUUUUGUAUACUGUAUUGAUCUCGGACUGCACAUAUAGAACAUCGGAUUAGAAUGACUCAAAAUCAGCAAGAACUGGAGAAGAUCAAGAGUCUCGUCUGCCUCACCUGGAAACAAGCACAAAAAUCACUAAUGAUAAUUUAAGCUGCCAGCUCUUUCAGGAUAUACUCCUUAAGGCCUUCAAGUUUGCAGAUUUCACUGAAAGACCCUUUGUAGCCGUUGGACUCUGCCCACUUCAUGGUGUUUUCUUCAUGUGGAUUGACUACUGCGACUAAAUUUGAUCUGAAGCUGUCCCCAUAUACCCAGAUCUAAAGAAAGGAUGGAAAUGACAGUAUUAGAUGUUGACCAGUAUUCUCUCUUAAUUCAAGUUACUAUAUCCACUCAAUUUUUUUUCUUACAUCUUCAACAAGUGGAGGGAAGCCAUAUACUUUCUCGAGGUACUCAACUGCAACAUACUCCCCCUGUGACAACUUAAAUAUGUUCUUUUUUCGGUCAAUUACCUUCAGGAUUCCAUCCGGGCUCAUCUCUCCAAUGUCGCCUUAAAAUAAGAGUGUGUCUAAGCAUUCUAUUGCAGAACCUUAUCUAUUUUUUGGUUAAAUUAAGUACUCACCUGUAUGAAACCAUCCAUCAACAAUGGCUUCGUUUGUGAGCUCAGGAUUUUUGUAGUACCCAGCGAAGAGAGACUUCCCUCGGAUGCAAAUUUCACCUCGUGAAGGGACACCAAGUGGAUCAUAGCCCAUCUCAGGUACUGCUUCCAGUCGUAUAUCAGUGUAAGUGGCAGGUACGCCAACACUUCCAACCAGGGCCAUGUCAUCAAUAUAGCAGACUGUGCUAGGUCCCAGUGUUUCUGUUAAACCUGAGAAAAGGAAAGAAAUCCAAGUUGCAACUGGAAAAACAGAUGUCCUAAAAGACCUUGCUUCUUGUUAUGAGUAAGGUGCAAGCAAGUGCGAUAAGCUAAAUACUUCACAUAGUAAGUUGGCAAAAGUUCAGAAAACUAGUAUAUGCAGUGAAAAAUAUGAAAUUGUGAUUCAUAUCAUUGGACUAGGAUAGUAAAAAGGAAACCUGAGCUCAGCAUAGACAAGUAAUUGGCAUUAAAAGUAUUUAAUUCCCUUUUAUUACGCUCGACUCUCUACCCAUUUCUCUAUAAUACAUUGCGAAAACAGCCUAAGGUAUUCCUUUUUAAGAUUGAAUCGGUAACUUUGUUUUGAUGCUAAAGGAAACUGUAGAAAGUAUUACCAUAGCCUUGGAUAAAGUAUGCACAGGUGGUCACUCUCAAGAACUCUUCAAUCUCAGUACUUAAUGGAGCCCCUCCUGAGAUUAAUAAGCGAAGACGACCUCCAAGCCUUGCCUUGACCUAAUCAAGCAAAUGACAAGGAAGUACCCAGUAUAGGAAUUGUUCUCUAAAAGAUGUCAGAUGAAGUUCAAUUAGGCACAACAUUACUUCAAGACUAAUGCUGGACAUGCUUAUUGAAUUGUUGAUGCCAUGCUACGCCGCUAUUGCUCAAGCUGUGGGAAUCCAUCCUUGGCCAGCACGCUCCGGAACACUGGCCCUACCGCUGGGUGGCCGUCCUUGCUGGGCUUCCCAUCUUCCACUUUAAUUGUGAAGAUGUUCUUCGGAUUUGCCUCCAUCUCUUAGGAUGGCGUCAAAGCCUCUAACAUCCAGAACUCAAGUGUAGGAGAAGAUAGGGAUGCAGCGGUCUGCACUCCGUCUGGAGAUACGAUGGCUGUGUAUGGUACUGGCGGUGAGUGGUGACUGGCGACCUCUCUCAGCAUCGACGUCCCUUUGUGAUUGGAAGGUAAACAUUACACUACAAAGGCUUCUGUUGGAUGUCUCCAGCUUUCUGUUUAAUCUGCUGUUAUCUUUCUUUCCUUCAUCUCCUGGGUACCAACAAAAUCUGAAUUUUCCUGACCUGGACUCUGGGAUAUAGCUCUAAAACGUUGUGACAUACUGAGUGUUACUCCUACACGGGUACAGGUCCUGGACUCGAAAAAAUUAUUCUGAGCACUCAUAUACCAGUCGGAAUGCACACAUACAUGAUUCAGGUGCCUUAA